AUGAAUGAGAGCUCAGGUAUGUCUCAAAAAACCAGGCAAUCUCCUUAUUUGAGGAAUUUGUGGCCUCAGCUUCAAGCUAAGCCAACUAGGACUAGAAAGAGAGGUAGAGCCGCUUUAUCAUCAGCUGCACCACUCAAGAGAACAAGGACCAAUAUCCUAGAGUUUUAUUCGCCAAGUUUUGUAACAUCCCGCGAUAAAAACCUCUCUUUGCAGGGUUUUCCGUAUGGAAUUCCUCAGCUUUCUGUUCCUAAUUGUGGAACCGUUGGUGGAAGCAUGGACAGUUCUUCUACACUGCCAGCAAGUUUGAUAACGCUUCCCCUCCUUCCAUGUUCUCCCUCGGUUCCCCUUGUCACCAACAAAAUGACAGUAAUAGAUUUGAACACAGUGGCUAAAAUUCCAGAAGAGAUGGAUCUAUUGAAUCAGCUCCAAAGUCCUCCCACCAGCAGCGUUAUAGCACCUCAGCCGGUUCGACUUCAACCAGUGGGCUCCAUUAUCAGUGUUGGGUGCAUCAAAGAGAAUAAAAGCCUAACGCAAGCCCCAAAGAAGCCAGAAGAGGUUGAAAAGGAGGUUGAGUCCGAGGCCUGGCCAGCCAUAGUUUCUGAUUCAAACAACAAAGUUAGACUGGCAAAUUCUGCUUACAAACAGAUGGUGGGUCAACCAGAAUGUCCAUGGCUCGACUCCAUAGUAACAUGUGAAGGAAGAGUCAUAGGCAACUCAUGCAAAAAGUGGGGAAGUACUACUUCAUCUCUCUGA